AUGUUGGGAAAUGGUAGAGAGUUGGCAGAAGUGCCUAAGAAGAAAAAGGAGCAGUCUGGGCUCGAAGAAGAAAGAGUGCCAAAACCUGUAGAGCUUAAGGAUUCGGGUAGUUUUACCAUCCCUAUGAGGAUUGGUGAAAUUGAUGUGGGUAGAGCCUUGUGUGAUUUGGUUGCAAGUAUCAAUCUGAUGUCAUUGUCAGUGUUCAAACAAUUGGGCUUAGGAGCUCUGACACCCACCACGGUAAUGCUACAGUUAGCUGAUAGAUCUUAUGUUUAUCCUGAGGGGGUAAUGGAGGAUGUCUUGCUGCAGAUUGGGAAGUUUAUUUUCCUUGAGGAUUUUAUCAUCCUGGACUACGAGGCUGAUGAGUUAGUUCCUAUCAUCUUGGGAUGA